GAAGCUGUGCGGGUGUAAACAAGUUGUCAGUCACCGCACUGGGUUUGCAGACAGUUCUGUCCCAGUGUGAGGAGUCGGAGCAGCAACAGCGGCGGCGGCGGCGAUGGGAGCUGUGCUUGGAGCUUGUUCUUUAGCCAGCUGGAUCCCUUGUUUAUGUGGCAGUGCACCAUGUCUUCUCUGUGGAUGCUGCCCAAGUGGGAAGAAUUCAACAGUGACUCGUUUGAUCUUCGCAUUCUUUCUGCUGCUUGGAGUGGGAGUGGCUUGUAUUAUGUUAAUGCCGGGAAUGGAAGAACAGCUCAAGAAGAUACCAGGAUUUUGUGAUGGUGGACUAGACACCCCCAUUCCUGGAGUCCAUGGACAAGUGAACUGUGAUGUGUUGGUUGGAUAUAAGGCUGUUUACCGGGUUUGCUUUGGCAUGGCAAUGUUCUUCCUUCUCUUUUCCCUGUUGAUGAUUAAAGUGAAGAGCAGCCAAGACCCAAGGGCUGCAGUCCACAAUGGAUUUUGGUUUUUUAAAUUUGCCACCAUGGUUGCUAUAACAGUGGGUGCUUUCUUCAUUCCAGAAGGACCCUUUACAACAGUCUGGUUCUAUGUUGGAAUGGCUGGUGCAUUUUGUUUCAUCUUAAUCCAGCUGGUCCUACUCAUUGACUUUGCCCACUCCUGGAAUGAAUCAUGGGUUGAAAAAAUGGAAGAAGGCAACUCGAGGUGCUGGUAUGCAGCAUUGUUGUCCGCCACAGGCAUGAACUACCUGCUAUCCCUGGUUGCUAUUGUCCUAUUCUAUUGUUACUACACGCAUCCUGAGGGCUGCACUGAGAAUAAGGUCUUUAUCAGUUUAAAUAUGCUGCUGUGCAUAGCUUCAUCUGUCAUGUCCAUCCUCCCAAAGAUACAGGAGUCUCAACCUCGAUCUGGUUUGUUACAAUCGUCCAUCAUCACCUUGUAUACCAUGUAUCUAACGUGGUCUGCUAUGACUAAUGAACCAGACCGAAAAUGCAAUCCCAGUUUGCUGAGCAUGAUUGGGUACAACAGCACAGGGACUCAUGUCCCUGGUCAGGUUAUCCAGUGGUGGGAUGCACAAGGAAUUGUAGGACUGGUUCUAUUUUUACUUUGUGUUCUAUAUUCAAGCAUCCGCACCUCGAACAAUAGCCAGGUCAACAAACUGACGCUAACUAGUGAUGAAUCUACGCUGAUAGAUGAAGGAGUUGGUCGAAGCGAUGGUUCCUUGGAAGAUGGUAACAAUGCACAUCGUGCAGAAGACAAUGAGAAAGAUGGUGUCACCUACAGUUAUUCCUUCUUUCACUUCAUGCUGUUUUUGGCUUCUCUCUAUAUCAUGAUGACACUGACCAACUGGUAUAGCCCUGAUUCCUCAUAUGAAAUAAUGACAAGUAAAUGGCCAUCAGUUUGGGUGAAGAUUUCUUCUAGCUGGAUCUGCAUCCUGCUGUACGGAUGGACCCUGGUUGCUCCACUUGUGCUGACAACUCGUGAUUUUGAUUGAAGGAUAAAUUUAAGAACUGCUUUCUGUUGAUAUGCCUGGGAUUAUGCAACUAAAAUCUAACUGCAGUGUUAAACAACUAGUGUGUGCUACCACAUGGUAUUUAUUUCCCCUCCACUUUAUUGCAUAAUUGGACUAAAUGUUUAACUUUUCUUUGAAUUGCACAUUAAACGCUGUUUACUAAAGUAAAAUAUUUGACUUGUAGAAAUAUUAGAAAGUGUGACAAUCUCCAAAAUAUUAUGUGCGCAUUUCUUUAGAAGUGGAAAAGGCAACUUAUUUAUUUGCUUUACAAAAAACAUCUUGAAACAUGUGAAUGAUCUUUGUUUUCAGCUCUGCUUACUGGUGUCUAGGAAAAGGCUUUGUCAGCAUCUGUAUAGAUUACAUUUGUCUUGUGUAGGAAUUGUGGUGCACAAAACUUAAAUGUGAGUAAAGAUUAGUAUUGCUGACAUUUGACUAACCUUGCUUUUAAGCUAAGUUGACACAGCUACUAUGUGAAGUUUGUUGUGGAUGUCAUUAUAAACAGAAUUGUUCUUGCUUGUGUGUGAUUAUAAACUGUAUUGAAUGAAUUUGAAUUCCUGUGUCUACACCAAUCAUUUGACCUAGGCUGGUUAGCUUAAGUAUAAAUUUCCAACUAAUAAUGAUUGGUGAAGGAUAAUGGGAUCUCCAAGUAUAGGAACUGGAUGUCGUGUAUUGCCCAAUUGUCUUUGUACUUCAAAGUACAAUUUUUGCAUGCAUAAUGGUAACUGAGCCAUCCUUACUGUUAAUCACAACGUCGAUGUACAGGUACUACUUAUGAGGCCUAAUCCACCAUUUAUUGGUAAAAUGAUUGGAAACACUUUUCCCGCUUACUUGAAUUUUAAAAAAAUUAGUAUUACUGAUGGAUGGUAUCAUAUGCCUAGCUCUGAAAGCAAUAUGCCACAAAAUUUUAUUAAUCCAUUUUCCUUUUAAAGAUGUUGUUUUCUUAUUUACAUGAUUAAAGUUUUCUUCAGACAAAGCAAAUGUAUAUUUCUUACUGAUACCACAUUUCCCAAUAGUGCACUAUACCAAUCACUUGUCACAGGAGUAAGCCAAGGUUGGAUCAAAUUAACUAAUUCUACAAUGUAUAUCAUAAAAUUGAGGGACAUUUGCCUAAUGAAGCAAAAACGUCUUUCAUGUAGUA